AUGAUCUGGCCAUUUUUUCUUUGCUUUGCUCUCGUUGGGUUCCUUUUCCUUGCGUACUCCCUGCUGACAAGUGCACUGACAAUUGGCGACCUGUUUGCUUACCAGACCAUGAGCAGCCUUAUGAUUGUCAAAGCGUGGUACGGAUUGCGACACUAUGGUGCAAAUACCAAGCUACUGAUCAUCAACCUGGGUAUUCAAAUCAAGUGGGUCUUUGACUGGUAUUUUUGCCUUGCGCCAGCUGCACUUGCGAUAUGCGGCAUCAUCCUGCUCGUUGCUUGGGGCUUUGCAAUCUACGAUUUCGUGCGAUCCCUCCUAUACUUCGCCAGGUAUGCAUGCCUCGUCGCCUUUGAGGUCAUCACCAGCACUACUGUCAAAACUGUUUGCUUCAUUUGGACACCUAUUACCACCACCAUCUCCUUUGGGUGCCCGUAUGCAAUCGUUUGCGUCAGCAUCUAUCGCGACUUCCUUCGGAGGUUUCUCAACUUCGUCAGCUGCGUGCCGACCAACAAGCACGGAGGCGGGUGCUGGAACGAGGGUCCCGACGCAGAUGGCUGGCCGCCGCACAGGGUCGUCAACCAGACCAUCAACUGCAUCGGUCCGCCGAUUGUCAUCCUGAAGUUUGCAACGUCGGCUCCGCUCCAUCGCCUCGGCGAGUUUCCGCACGGUUCGUGCGGCUGGUACACCUUUCGCAUCGGGCGCACCCUCGCGCCGCUGCUGGGCCCGCACGCCCACCCGCCCCCCCUCGCCUUGGCGCCAACGGCGGGCGUGAUGCACAUGACACCGCCCACCCUGCCGGCCACACUGACCGAGACGGGGCGCACCCUCGACGAGCCGGUCUCCAGCGCCUCCCUCUGGACGCAAGGGCAGCGGAUCACUUCUCAGGCCUCCCUGACCUCCACCGAGCCCUCCCACGUCAUCGGCAUCCCCCUCCACGAAGCGAUUCCUGGCGUGUACUUCAGCCCCCAGGUAAUCUCGCCAAGGGAUGAGCUGCAGCAGCACCGGUCCGCUGCCCUUCACUCCGCCGCCAUCGCCGCCGCCGCUGCCACCUCCGCCGCCACCGCCGCCGCCUCCUCUGUCGCGCGAUCCUUUGCCGCCGCCUACGAUCUGCCCCUCGCCGGCUUGGCGUCCGUGCCGACUGGCUUGGCGUCUUGCGCCACCGCGCCCGCACAACCCGGACACGCCUCAAUGGUCGACACCACAAGCCCGACCGAUCUGCUCCAGCGUCUUCGCACCGCCGGCGUGCUGACGGCCGGCGAGCUGCUGCACGGUUUCCUCCCUUUCCUCGCGUGCUUCCUCGCGGCCCUGGCUGUCUCGGGCCCCAGCCUCCGGCAACAAGACAGCUCCGCCCCACUGCCGCUUUCGCCGCCGCCGCCGCCGCUCUCUGCGCCGCGCUCGUGGCCGCUGCCGGCGCGUCGGAGCGUGUUCGCGCCGAUCCAGGUCUCGCUCGCCCUCGUCGUCGUGUUCGCCGCGUUCGUGGCCGAGCUCACCACCGACCCAACCUUCUUCCUUGGGGCCGCGGGCUUCGUGGUGCUGGUCGUCGCCAACUUGGCUCGGGCCUCGCCUCGCUUUGUCGCGCGUGCGACGACGCUGCUGGCCAUUUGCGCCCCGACGCUGCGUGUCGGCGACGCCCUGCUCCGCUCGCCGGCAGACCUGUCGCGUGACCUGGACAGGAUGACGGAGGCGAGAUUGGCGAUUCUCGCACUCGCUACAGCGGUCGGCGCCUCCUUAGGGGCGCUACCGCCCUCUGCCCUCCCUUCCACCCGCAAGCUACUCGCCGCGGGUUACUUUGCUUGCGCGGCUACGUGCGGUGCCGUUGUCUUCCGCGUCCGGACGGGCGACGAGCGCAUGCCCUCCUUUCACCUGCUGCAUGUCCUCGCCCCCUUCCUCGCGUGCUUCCUCGCGGCCCUGGCUGUCUCGGGCCCCAGCCUCCGGCAACAAGGCAGCUCCGCCCCACUGCCGCUUUCGCCGCCGCCGCCGCCGCUCUCUGCGCCGCGCUCGUGGCGGAGCGUGUUCGCACCGAUCCAGGUCUCGCUCGCCCUCGUCGUCGUGUUCGCCGCGUUCGUGGCCGAGCUCACCACCGACCCAACCUUCUUCCUUGGGGCCGCGGGCUUCGUGGUGCUGGUCGUCGCCAACUUGGCUCGGGCCUCGCCUCGCUUUGUCGCGCGUGCGACGACGCUGCUGGUCAUUUGCGCCCCGACGCUGCGUGUCGGCGACGCCCUGCUCCGCUCGCCGGCAGACCUGUCGCGUGACCUGGACAGGAUGACGGAGGCGAGAUUGGCGAUUCUCGCACUCGCUACAGCGGUCGGCGCCUCCUUAGGGGCGCUACCGCCCUCUGCCCUCUCUUCCACCCGCAAGCUACUCGCCGCGGGUUACUUUGCUUGCGCGGCUACGUGCGGUGCCGUUGUCUUCCGCGUCCGGACGGGCGACGAGCGCAUGCCCUCCUUUCACCUGCUGCAUGUCCUCGCCCCCUUCCUCGCGUGCUUCCUCGCGGCUCAGCAAGCAGCAACAGUCUUGCAGAGUCGUGACUAG